AUGACGGUAAGCACUCGAGAUCACUCGAUCGUCUCAGCUACUGUUGAAUGUCUGACAUAUUGUUUGGCUCAGGAUUUUAACUCUGCAUUUCGGCGCCUAAAAGGCUCUCAACGUCUGUGGCAUGCGUUCGAAGAAGCCACGUUCUGUCUGGUCGCGUUCCGGACGGAGGAGGAAGCCAGUGUCCCAAACAAGGAACCGUUGAAAUCUAUCAGUAUUCCUCAUGCUUCGUUUUCUGUCGAUCCCAAUGAAAUGAAUCAGUUCAUCAUCAGUGUUGACGGUAGAGACCACAUAUUACAAGCAGAGACCGAAGAAGCUAUGUUUAUGUGGCUUGGAGCGUUGCAAGUGAGUGUUUGCUUACUGCUUGAUUUCCCCUUAUUGAGGGUAAUCUUUGACAAUUGCGAAUGA